AUGGCCAUGGCGCUUGCAGCCCACCGAGCUUGGGGGACGGGACGCAGUGGAGAACCGCACCGUGAGCAGCUCGGAUCUUUGAAGCAAGUUUUCCACCACCAGCAUCCUCCAGCCACCAGCACAUCCAGCCACUCCCUGGAGGAUGACAUUGUGGCAGAGCACUUCACGCGCAACGUGCAGUUCUUUGGGAGAGAAGCGCAGCAGAAGAUCAUGGGCUCCUUCGUUGUGGUUGUUGGACUGGGGGGUGUGGGCAGCCAUGCAGCACACUUAUUACUGCGCUCGGGAGUGGGGCGGCUGCGGCUGAUAGAUUUUGACCAGGUGUCGCUGUCAUCGCUGAAUCGCCACGCUGUCGCCACGCGUGCGGACGUCGGCAUGCCCAAGGCCACCUGCCUGCAGGAGCACUUUCGGCGAAUGGUGCCGGAGGCGCGUGUGGAGGCGCUGGUGCAGAUGUACACGGCGGAGGACGAGGACGCCCUUUUAGACGGGGCACCGGAUUAUGUAAUCGAUGCUAUAGACAACAUCGACACGAAGAUCUCGCUGUUGGCCGCAUGCAAUCGCCGCGGCAUCCCCGUCAUCUGCGUGGCGGGCGCAGGCGCCAAGGCGGACCCGACGCGGAUCAGAAUAGCUGACGUCAGCGACAGCAUCGUGGACCCUCUGGCGCGCGCGGUGCGGCAGCGGCUGCGGCGGGAUCACAGCAUCGAGGCCGGGAUUCCCAUAGUGCUGUCAACCGAGAAGCCGCGGUGCACGCUGGUGCCCAUCCAGGAAGUGGGCGACAACCCACUCGACUACCAGAUUGUGCCCAACUUCCGAGUGCGCACAAUCCCAGUGCUGGGCACGCUGCCGGCCAUGUUUGGCCUGGCAGCCGCCUCGCACGUUCUCUGCGAGCUCGCGUCAGCGCCCUUCGCGCCAGAACCGGUGUUCCGGCUGCUGGAGGCGCAAUACCAGACGCAGCUGGAUCGGCUGACGGAGCGUGAGGACCUAGUUUUUAACAAUGCCGAGGGGCCCAGCGUCGACCUGGAUGACGUAAUUUACCUGGUGAGGGAAGUCUGGCGGGGCCUCAGUGCAAAGGGGCCGCCUUAUGUGCUGAGCGGAGGCGACAAGGGGUUCAAGCGAUCGCUAGCAAAUCUGACACUCACAAGGUGGGACAAGGAAUGCCCCGCCACGGUGGACAAUCUAGUACUGCUGACUUUUGGAGAGGCAGAGCAGCACGAGGAAAUGAGACCGGAAGAUGUCAAAACCGAAGACCCCAACUUCUUUAGAAGGGUGCAGCAGGGAAUCGCGCGAGUUUUAUACAUAAUCAGCUGCACAGCACCUGCGGCAGGGAAGACUGCAGGUGCUAAAUUCAACAGCAGUGACUUGAGCCACCUGUACACCCCCGUCAAGGCAGCAGUGGAUGGGCUCAUUGCGCUGGGCGGAGAGCAUGUGGCCGAUGCGCAGACUGACAUCAAGGCAGCUGCCAACCACUUGGUCCAGAAGCUGCACAAAGGCAAGGGGGAGACUCCAACGCCGCGGCCGUCCAAUGCACGGGCUACGCCCACGCUUCAGCCUUCGACCACCCCCUCAGUCCGCUACCCGUCAACACUUACCCUGACUGCCACCCCAGCAGCGGGCGUUGCCACCGAGGCUGUCACUUUCCUUGUUACUCUGAGAUCCACCCCACCGGGCGCGCCUGUUCUGGCAGGCAAACCCGUCUCCAUUGAUUUUGGAGACGGGUCGCACAAGCGCCGGAGGCUCUUGGCUGCGAUCGCCACCACUGGCGCGAACGGGCAGGCCACCUUCACACACUCCUAUCUGACGGCUCAGACCUACAACGUGACUGCAGCUUUCGCUGGUGAUGCAAGCUCUGGGGAUGUGGCGGCCAGCCUUUCCCUUGUCAUCAGCCUGGAGAGCACCUCACUCAGUCUGACAGUGGCCCCAAAAUUUUUGAAGCCGCUGCAAAAUGCCAGCCAUAGCAUUACACUCCAGUUUGGUGGACCGGGCCCUGCCAGCAAGGCUGGGUACCAAAUCUUCAUCGACUACCAGGACGGCACAACAGAGACGGUCGUGACUGACAGCAAUGGCCAGGCCUUCCCUGUGCACGCCUACAUCAGAUUUUCUAACCCGGCCUUCAACGUCACUGCAAGCUUUGCAGGUGAUGGAACGUAUGCUGGGUCCACGGCAGCCGCUGCAUCUGUGGUCGUGCGAGAUUGCAGUGCAGCCUGCUCAGGAAAUUAUCACGCAUGCGCUAUCCGGCUGAACACCACGCUCGAGUGCUUUGGGGAUAACAAUGUCGGUCAACUCGACAUCCCAGCACCAAAUGCUGGUUUCAUUGGCGUGUCUUGCGGGGGCGGCGUCACUUGCGCGAUAAGAUCAGACACAACGCUCGUCUGCGUCGGACAGUUUUACCGUCCGCCGCCAGCCGCCAACCAGCCGCCAACAGUGCCGCAACCAGCGACCGGGUUCGCCUUUGUUUCCGUGGGUUUCAACUUUGUGUGCGCGAUUAGAUUCAACAGCUCGCUCGAGUGCUGGGGCGACAACCGCUACGGUCAGCUCAACAUCCCGGCGCCAGCAACAGACUUUGUUGCUGUGUCUGCGGGAUUAUAUCAAACCUGCGCCAUCAAAUCCGAUACCACGCUGUUGUGCUGGGGCGCCAUGGGAACGUUUUUUGGGCAGCCUGUGAAUUUUGGGCAGACGACUGUGCCUCUGCCGGCUACUGGCUUCGUCGCCGUUGAUUCAGGGACCGCUCACACAUGCGCGAUUAGAUCAGACGCCACCCUUGUCUGCUUUGGGAGCAGCGAAUUUUAUCCCCCGACUCCGCAGGCCGGCAUCGUCGCUGUUUCGUGCGGUGAUGUACAGACGGUAGCACUCAGGUCGAACACUUCCCUCAUGUAUGCCCAGUUUGAAAGUGAAGGUGGAAGCCAGGAGCAGCAAUACCUCGUCCCGUCGCCAAACAGCGGCUUUGUGGGUGUGUAUGCUGGUGAUGCACAGACAUGCGCCAUCAGGAUAGACACGUCCUUCCAAUGCUGGGUGCCGGAGUUUUACGGCAGCUCGCCCGUUUACGAUGAGCUUGCAAGCAUGCCGCAACCGGUGAAUGGCUUUGGCGCGCCCUGUCUCUACCAGUGAUUUUUAGGAUAGUGCACGGGGGCACUCGAUGCAAAGUGACAGUGCUGCCUGCGAAGCUGGCGUGGGAAGAAGUGAUGGAGCAAGUCUGAGAGCUCCAUGAGAAUUGUGUGCAAGCUGAGCUACUUGCACAUGCCAUGAUUGAAGUAUGGACCAUCUGAUGACAAGAUUUUGCGGAUUAUCUUUUGAACAUCAUUGGAAAUUUGGUGCAAACGGCAUUUGCAUGUCAUGAAGGGCGACAAGUUGUCGCCGACAACUGAAUUCAAUUUUUAUUAUAAAUUCAAAAACAAAAAUUUCGAAAUGUUGAGUCUUAAUUUUGACACUGCCCUGUAAUCUUGUCAUAUUACGUGG